CCCUCGGUGCCCGGCGAGGCCGAGGGCAGCGGGGCUGCGCCGGGCCAUGGCGGAGAGGAGCGGCGCUCGCGUCCCGCGGACAGGAGGCACCGGGGCGGGCGGGCGCGCCGUGCCCGGAGCGGGGCCGCAGGGACCGCCGGGGAGCUGCGCCGCUGCGCCGGGGCCGCUGGAGUGCCGCCGCUGCCGCUACCUGUGCACGGCCAGGGCCUGCUGCCAGGGGGUGGGAGCACUGCUCGCCGCGCUGGUCCUGGUCUGCAGCUCCGUGUCCUACGGCUCGACGGGAGGCUACACGGGCGUCGCCAGCCUGGGGGGCAUCUACUACUACCAGUACGGCGGGGCGUACAGCGGCUUCAGCGGAGCAGAUGGGGAGAAGGCCCAGCAGCUUGACCAGCGUUUCCACCUCCUCAAGCUGCCAAUUGCAAGGGCAGCAAUGGCCAUGGGAGGGUCUUUAAUGGUCUUCUCCUGCCUUCUCAUUUUGUUUGGUGUCUUACAGCUACCGUGGCAUUUUCCAGCAUGGCUCCUACUUGAAUGCACCCUGGACGCAGUGGUAGCCAUUGGCUUGGUGCCUGCUCUGUACUAUUUCUUCCAUCAUCUGCUGGAGGUUUAUAAUUCAUCGGUGUGCAAAGAGAGAGAGCAGCUUUACCAAAGCAAAGGCUAUCAGGGCUUUCGGUGCAGCCUACAUGGGGCAGAGAUUGCUGCUGGCCUCUUAGGCUGCAUAGCUGUCAUGGCCUACCUGCUUAGUGCUGGCCUGGCUGUCAAGGGGUACAGAACAGUUUGCAAACUGAAACAGAAGCCAGUACAAGUCUAUGAGCUUUAGAAUUAUUCCUCUGCUCUAGUAAUGCUCAGGAUUUUUGCCAGCCUCCCUACUGAGAUGAAACAGCACAUUUUUCUUGCUUGUUAACAGUGUAUCCUUAAUGCUACAACAGAACACACACAGAAACAGUACAGUUCCAAAUACAGUGAAGCCAAGCUAUUCAAACUUGGAUUUGCAUUGUUGAAUUAUUAGUGGACACAUUGUCCUGUGGAUUGUCUUCAUCUGGCAGCUCUCUUAGUAAAGAACGGGUGUUGUUGACUCUAGCAAGCUGCCUGCUUUACAGGUAGUGCUUCUACCCCCUCUCUCAAGGUGGCUUGUUCUCCUCCAAUGAGAUCUUGCUACAAGUAGCUGGCAAGACACCAUAAAUAACAAAACAGGAACAAAUGGAUUAAUCAUCAGAACAAGUUAGAUAAAUAUAAACAUCAGGUGCGUAUCUGUUUUCUCACCACUGCACAUCUGAAUGACUAUUCUUACCUCUUAUACUGGUCAGCCACUGAAAUUGGAAGAGAGCCUUCAAUUACAGCUUUGAUGACACUCCGAGUCCUGUUAUCUCAGAUGUGCUCCAACAAUGUAUGUUCUCUUAGUCGUUGCUAAAACCAUUUUUUUCUUUAGCACAUUUGGUUUUGAAUGCUUCAAGGCUAUGCAGUCAGGGAGCAUACUGAGAUACUCUUCUGGAGAAAUCUUUGCUCCCAAAUGUAGAUCGUUGAAAGAGAGGUUUGCUUAACUAGGCUCUAGGUUUCCCUCUCAGUCUCAUCUAGUACUUUGUGUACUAGGACAUUGCUUAUGGUAAAAUGUUGUACCCAGCACCUUCCUAAAAAUAAGAUAGCUGAUGUUGAUAAUCUCCCAGCAUGUAUCAGGUAGCACAGCUGGUAUCUGUCAUGGACACACAAGAUUGAGGGAACUGGGCUUGUUUAGCUUGGAGAAGAGAAGACUGGGGAGACCGUAUUGCGGCCUUCCAGUACUUGAAGGGAGCAUAUAAACAGGAGGGGGAACUCCUGUUUACAUAUGUAGAUAGUGAUAGGACAAGGGGGAAUGGUUUUAAACUAAGACGGGGAGAUUUAGGUUAGAAAUUAGGAGAAAGUUUUUUGCUCUGCGGGUGGUGAGGCACUGGAACAGGUUACCCAGAGAGGUUGUGGAUGCACGAUCCCUGGAGGCAUUCAAGGCCAGGCUGGAUGCAGCUCUGGGCAGCCUGCUCUAGUGGUUGGCAACCCUGCCCAGAGCAGGGGGGUUGAAACUAGAUGAUCUUUAAGGUCCUUUUCAACCCAGGCCAUUUUAUGACUCUAUGACUUCUGCUGGUGAACAGCUUUCCAUAGCUGAGACUUUUACAAAGGACCUGUGACUGUCCACUGAGAACAGAGACUGUCCACUGAGAAGCGAGCAAUGAGGCUGGUCGUUGUGGCAGCUAAUUAUUGCUUCAUAUAGAUCUUUUGGCACUAACAGGGCAGUUUGAACAUGGCAUUUAUAUUGCCAUCAGAGAAUCCUGAAAUAAACUUACAGAAUGGUGAAUAUACUCAGCCUAAUUUGUGACACAAUGUCUUCUUUUCAAACUCUCUUGGUGAGGGUACCCUUUUGUACGGAAUGAUCUUUUAUAAAAGCAAAACUGUUAUGUACAAGUUGACUCCCUGAGUUGGGCUAAUCAGGGAAAAGCUUUAAGAGCUCAGACAGGUGGUUUAAGACACGUAUUGUUUUCAAAACAUUCUUAAUGUGCAAGCUGGGAAAAUGAGAUUCUGAUCUUGUAUUAUUUAUAAGCAUAUAAAGGUGAAAUGUACUCUUAAAAAAUUGUUGUUUGGUUGUGUUUUUAUAUAUGUAACAGGGAAAAGAAAACUAGCACCAGAUUCAGAUAAUCAUGCCUCAGAAUGAGAUGUCAUUUCAGAGCAGUGCCCACAAUGUACAUUUAUAUGAAGCUGGAACCACCACUGGUCUCACAGACCAACUCUGCCCAUAUAGGAAAAACAAAAAUUAAGAGUCCACACUACACCGGAAUUGUGUGUUUUGUCAUGGAUGUAUCUCCAGGUUAACUGGCACUAAAUCCUCACAGCUUCUGAAACUACGGAACACUGCUGGAACCAGAGAUACAGAGAUACAAAAGUAAAACAUUCUAAAUUGUAACACUCCAGGUACUUCUGGGUUUCUUUGAUUUCUCCUUUCUUUUAGUAGCCAGAUGCAUUGAGUGUUUCAAUGCAAGGAUUUAUGUGGACAGUCCACUGUGGUCCUACUCCUUCUAUUUUUCUUGCUUGCUGCAGUUACUUUUAAAGAGCUGUACAGUACUACUUACAGCAAGUUCACAGGCAAGAUUCCUCUGGUAGGUUACAGAGAGCUGCCUAAUACUUGGUAUUAUGAAUUCCACCCUCACAGUGUUCUACAAGUAGCUUUUAUAUGGAAGGCUGAUGAGUGGAAGCAGCACAUAGCUCAGCAAAGGGGACCCUACAGCAUGACCGUGGCUAGCCACAACUAUGUUUGACUGGGACAUUGCACAUAUUCCCUCCAGUGCAGUAACAGAAUCAAAAUAUAUAAUUAGACAAAAGUAAAAAUCUUUAUUGCUAAAUCAGCUGAAAAGUUGAUGCAAAAAUAUUCUUCCUUCCUGAACUGCUCUAUACAUCUGAGUAAAGAAUCAAUGGAAUAGUGUUUUCCAGCAAUGUUAUUUGCCUCUCCAAAGCAACACACACACAGGCCCCCGUGCUGAAGGUGCAUUCAUUGAACAAUCUACUCCCCUGUACAAUAAAAGAGGAAUAAUUACAGCUGCAUGCCAGAGUGGGAUACAUAAAAUAUUUUCCUUAUUAAAACAAAAAGCAUGAAAAAGAUUAUUUUAUAGCCAGUGUGCUGCAAACAUUUUUUAACGUGCUGAGUCAUGAGUGAAGUUUAAAAAAAUGGUAACAUUUUAAAAUGGAAUAAAUGGGGGAAAAAUACACUUGAGUCUUCAGGCUACAAGGGAAGAGCAGACAAUGGCUGCACAAAAACUGAAGAGGUGAACCUACUGCCUGUAAAAAGGCCCUCUGGCAAGUGAGGUGAAAGCCAUCACCAUUCAGGAACGUAGAAACUUCUUGAAGUCCCAGGGCUUUAGCUGUGGCUUAACAUCCUGUAUACUAGAAGAAUUUCAGGCCUCAAAGCAGCCCUUCCCUGAGUCAGGGAAAUACUUGCUCCUUCUUGGAACAGGAUUUUACCCUCACCCAUCCAGCUGAGGAUUUUGAUCAGAUUCCAACAAUCUGUGGUGCUGCUUCUACCAGGCCUGAUUCAGGUGCUGGGAGCAACUUUGAGGCUAUCCCUUGCCCUCAAUACUCAAAUUCUGACCAGGUGCCACUGAAUAUAACCUUUAUUGGUUCCUUUUGCUGAAGUCGUUCUGGACAGGACAGGGCAGACAGGUCAGUGUCUUCGAUGCAACUGUUCUCAUUGAGCAUGCUUGCCAACAGGGCCAGAAUUAUUGAAAAGAGACACACACUAACUCACCAGCCUAACUUGGCUAUUUGGCUAUGGCCACCUGGAACGUCGUAGGUCUGGCAUUGGUCAGUAGGGACAAGAGAGCCUGAUGACCCCAAGUUGAGAACCUCUACCAGUAAGCCUGUAAAGAACGAGACGUUCUUAGUGAUGUGGCUCAGUGGAGAUGAUGCCAUCUCCAAGAGCCAAAUAUGAAGUUCAAGGAAGAGACCUGGGAAAACACUUUCUAUCCUCAGCUAUGAGUCCUUCACUAAACUUUUCCCACUUAUGUGUGUUCCACCUACAGCAGUGCUCCUCUGAAGCCUGAAAUAUAAGUCGAUGUUAUAAAGAUGAAGAUAACAAAGGAGAAGUCUCUAGAGAGGCUGGAAAACAAAAGGGGUUAAGUGCUAGGGAUUCAGACUGGCAAGGAUACACUGGAUUUUCUACAACAGUGCAAGAGAGAGUCCUGAUUUGCAUUAACAUCUACCACUCUCUUAAGUGCAAGGUUUGUCACAGUCUUAUUCAGAAAGAAGAGUGUAUUUCUGCAUCAAUCCCACACUGAACAGAGACUGCUUUGCAGCCUACUCAGCUAUCAGACACUUUUGGCCUGAGCACAGGUAUUUGGUGACAUUAUCGCCAGUGAAGGAAUUAAAAGUUACUGUCAAAUAUACUGGGAUGAACCUUUUCUGUAUACUUAAAGUGAAGAGAACCUGAAAGAGAUUUGGGUUUGUCUGUUAUUUCUAUGCCCGAAGGAUUCAAAAUGUUGUUUCUACAAUUCCAAGGGUAAGCAUUUCUCUCAAAGUGAGGCAGACAUUUAAACAGAGUCAAAACUCAGGUGAGUUUAAACUUUGGAAAAAAGUGGGGUUGUUUCAUGAUUACAUUGUAACUAGCACAAGGUAUAACCUAAGAAGUUGCUCUCAUGCAUGGUAAAAACACAUUUUUUUUCCCUUAGUGAGAAGAAAUUCAAGGAGCUCUGAAAUCUAAGUAAAACUCCAUUAGAUUUUGUCAAAAGAUCUCUACUGUCAGAAUCCCACAAGUUGUCUGCACAGUAUUUCCUUCCAAUCAAGGCCUGAAAUUGAUAAAAAAUAUACAACUCAAGCCCCUCAGAGCUCCUGAGAAAAAACUUUCACAUUUUUUUCAUAAAUAUAAUUAAUAAAGAAGAAAAGGCACUAGCCCACAUUAUAGUCAGGAUUAUUGCACCACUGACAUGACAGGGGAAGCUGCUGUCCAGCUCUCUGCCAGCUAGGGAAGACAGAUCUGCACACGAUGGGGGCCGUGGUCUUUUCACAGCACUUACAUGAGAUGAUGACAUAAGCAGCCAACUUACGCCCUGCACCAAAAAUCUUAAUGGAACCACCAUGCAUCCAGCAACUGUAGACUGGGCAGUUCACCAUUAGUGGGACUGUUUUAAACAUCUCUUCCCCUCUGCUGACAAAGAUGUUUUUAAGGUGAAUUUUUUUUCCUUUUCCAUUGAAAACUAAGCAGAAACAAAGAUGCUUUCACCUUGUUUGCGGCCAAAUUGGGCACGUACCACAUAACAGAGGUUGCUCUGGAUUUGGACUGACUCCUGCUUUUAGAUGCAAGCAAAGAUGCUGUGGCUGGUAAUAAAGACAGUGCAGUUUAUGUUGGUGGGAAAGAACACUGAACGCUUCCCCAGCAUACGGAGACCAGCCCAACUGCUUGCUAGGCUAAGAGCAACACGCCACUGCUUCUACCUUGGCUUUCUCUUAGACU